GACCUUGACACCUUAAGACAACAUAGGAUUUCCGCUGUAGCCGUGUGUGUGUGUGUAUAUAUAUAUAGGAGGAGGUCUGGAUGCACGCUACAUGCAUUCGUGUCUCCAGCGCUAUUGGAGUGCCUGGGAUUCGUUGAGGUUGAAUUUACCGAGAGAAGAAAAUGAAACUCACUAGUUACGUAGCAGCAGGGAUUUUGUUCUCCUGUGGCCUUCUGCCCGAAGUGAGCGUGGACGCGUCUCCUUGCUGUGGGCUGGGAGUCGCCGUUGCAGGAUCCCUCGCCUUCGCAGGGGGUGUCGCGGCCGCCAAGCACCACCACCACCACCACCAUCACGGGGGCGGCUGCCAUUCCUGCGGCUGCGGCGGCUGCGGAAGCUCCUGUGGCUGGUGCGGCGGCAACUACGGCAGAAGGCGCAGGAGGGAUGCCGGAUCCUUGGCUAGUUUUCUUGAAGAUGCAGAGAUCCAAAAGGCAUACGAUAAGAUCGCGGCCGAGGACAAGGACGAGUGCGGCCUCCGCCUGGUGUGCGAGCUGGCGCAGAAGGACCCGCGGGAGCUCGCCCAGGACGAGAUACAGAUCCUCCUGCCUUACCGCGGCGCAGGCCCGAGUGACGGCAGCGUAUAUGGCACGUACGACGAGGCGGCGUGGCACGGCCAGGAGGGCCACAGCUGCGCCGCCAGCUACCCGCUCUGCGCCUUCACCGCGCAGCAGGUCAUGGAUGAAUACAGGAAAUACGUCAAAAACAAUGGAACCUUCAAUCUAUGAGGGACUGAAUGGCGAUGAAGUUGGAAUCAUGGAAAACGGAAUUGUUAGCUGCUAAGAAUAAAUCAAAUGCAAGUU